AGAGGAGAGGGAAAGGAGGGACAGAGAUGAUCGAGAGAAGAGCAAAGAGGGGGAGAAGGAGGACAAGGAGAAGAGAGGAGAAAAAGAUGACAGAAGAGAGGGAAAAGAGAGAAGAGAUGAUCGUGAGAAAAGAGACGACAGGAGAGAUGACCGGGAAAGAAAAGAUGACCGGUACAAGAUAAUUGUUCGUGAAAAGGCAGACGAAAGGAGAGAUGAUGGGCAACAAAGGGGGGAGGAGAGCGAUAGGAGGCGGAGUCCUCCUAGGCCUGCUAAACCAGAGACCCUCUUGAGACCUUUUGAAGAGGGUCGUCCUGUGGUCAGACUUCACUCUGAGAUGGAGCUAAGGCAGAGUCUCCAGAAGACCUCCUCAGAGGACCUCCGUAGCAGGGUCCGUCCUGCCUCUGAGGCUUACCGCGGGAGCACCCUGCCCAGGUACAUGCCAUCUGAGGAGAUCAAAGGAGGGGAGACCCGCGGACGAGCAGAGUCCACUGGUGUCCGCUUCGCCCCUGUCCACACCCCAGAUCCUGACUCCUCCCGUAGAGAGCCGCCUCCUACCAAACAGGCCAUGCUCCCUCCUAAGAGCCACCCCACUAUCACCACCUCCACGGAGCCUGUCCGGACCUCCACCCCACCCUCCUCCUCUACCUCCCCUGCUGUAGCAGUGGCCAAGCCCGCCAGGACUGUCUCCCUGAUCAUCAGUGAUGACCCUCCUCCCACCCACUCCAAACCUGUCCCCCCUGUACGUUCCAGCCAGGUACCCCCCUCCUCCACCACGGGGGAAUCGGCCACUCCUCCCCCCGUACCCCCCCAUGCCAAGCAGCCACCUGUACCCCCACCCAAACCCACCAACCGCAACAGCAACCCUGCUCUGCUUGUGUCCACAUUGAACAGGGCCUCCAGGGUCCAAGGUCCCCUUUCUCCUCACUACUGUACCAGCUGGAGAAGGCAGGGGGAGCUGGGCCUGUACCUUUCCCUGCCCACCUACCUCCACCGCCGACGGACUGAACAAGCCUGCUCAGCGGAACUCUCUCAGGCUGGCAGUGGUAUCAUCGUUGUUCCUGCCCCCACCAGGCGCUCUCCUCCCACUCCGCCCAAGAGGAUGACACCCGUCACCAAGCACCACUCUGGCGACCCGUCUCCUGAGCCAGAGACCUCGGGCCCCUCUGGUUCUGUCCCUAUCCCAGUCCCCAUACCUACUGUCUCUGUACCCCCCAGCACAGACCGAGACGACACCAGGGACACCCUCAGAGCAGUAGGGUUCCAACUACCCACCUCUGACCCUGCACCAGCACCCCGACCUCUGUCCCAUAUACCCACGUCCACUCCCAGCUCCCACCCCCACUUACAGCUCCCCAACCCUGCCUCCGCACCCCUCCCGGUCCCACUCCCCUUCCCUCAGAAGGACCCUCCCAGCCCCACCACAGAGCCGCCCAGCCACCCCCCAGCCUCAGUCCCAGCCAUCCCCCUUCACAUCCUGAUCCAGCGGGCCCUGUGCUCCCCCAGCCCGGCUCAGGCUAACCCAGAUGGGUCCCAAAGAGCCCACUCCAUGCUGUUUGAGUCCCCCCCAGAGUUCCUCACUGAGGCUGGAGGCCGACGCUCCCUACCCGUCACCAUAGAACCCCUCAGACUACCUGAGGAUGAUGACUUUGACAUGGAGGAGGAGUUGGAGAAGCUUCACCCCAGAAGGAUGCUUCCCCCCAGGCAGCCUGAGCUGGAGCCCAGGAGCAGGAGGGGUCUGGUGGUCGAUCCCAGGGUCAGUGUCAUCCCAGAGGGCCGGGGGCCCGGAGACAGCAGUGAGGAGGAUGAGGAGACAGACUCUGACGGACCCAUCCUCUACAGAGAUGACGAUGAAGACGAGGACGACGAUCCACCAAGUGCCUUGGCCAGCCGUGUGACGAGGAAGGACACCCUGGCCCUGAAGCUGGAACGGGAGGGAGGAGAGGGACAAGAUGGAGUCGGCUGGCAGAGCAGAGAGCAGUGGGAGGCACUCAAGAACAAGAUCGGUACCACGCUCAACAGGAGGUUGAGUCAGAGACCCACAGCAGAGGAGUUGGAGCAGAGAAACAUCCUUCCAGCCAGGAACGAAGCUGAUAUCAGGGCAGAGCGGAGCGAGAUCAAACGCAGACUCACCAGAAAGCUGUCCCAGAGGCCCACCAUAGCAGAGCUUCAGGCCAGGAAGAUCCUGCGUUUCCAUGAGUACGUAGAGUGUACCACGACUCAAGACUACGACCGCCGUGCAGACAAACCUUGGACUAAGCUCACUCCCUCCGACAAGGCUGCCAUCCGCAAGGAACUGAACGAGUUCAAGAGCUCUGAGAUGGAGGUUCACGAAGAGAGCAGGAUCUAUACCAGAUUCCAUCGGCCUUAGCUGUGCUCCCUGGCCCGGCUGCAGAGCAAGCACUUAAAUGCAAUACUGAGCCGGGGGGUUGCAGGACUGCAAUACGGAGCACACAGACCCCUGGUGACUGCAAUUUCCACAGCCCCCUGUCCUGGCACAAGCCUGUUCCUCUCCUGUAAGGAACACUGUUGAUGGCUACAUCUGAAACCAUGGACUAGAGGUGUAUAGCCUGUCUAAACAUGGACUAAGAGGUAUAUAGCCUGUCUAAACAUGUACUAGAGGUGUAUAGCCUGUCUAACCAUGGACAAGAGGUAUAGCCUGUCUGUAACCAUGGACUAUGGAUGUGGCCCCUCAGUCUAUCCAGUCAUUGUUAAAAUCACAGACUAGAAGUGUGGCCUAUAGAUAAACGACUUGCAUCUAAAACCAUGGACUAGGGAUUUGGCCUCUUGGUCAAACCACUUACUGUUUAAACCAUGGACUAGAGGUGACCUCCAUCGGUCCAACCCCUUGCAUAUGAAUCCAUGGGACUACUGGUACUACUGUACUCCAGCGUUGAUCUGCCUGACCAGACAACCCCACAGGGAGAGCUGGAGAAGAACUAGCUGGAAGAGGUUUAGUGGUUUAGGCCUAUUUCAGCUGCCAUUUUGUAGAUUCCCUGUGCCAACACUGACUAUCAGAAUAGGAAGGACAAGAGGGACAGACGGCGAUUGUGACAAAGGAUGUCCUGUUUUGUUCCUCAUAUCACCUCCAUUCUCUGUCGUUCCCUAAAGCAAGAAUGUUCCCAAGAGGCCUUUACUGUACCUGGUUUUUAGAGUUCCUUCAACACUUUGCCCUAUUUUUAAUUGAGAACAGAAAAUAAUUGUAUACGUACUGAUUGUUGAUCAUGACGAUGGUUAACAUUAGUACACGGUAGUAUUAAUGAUUUAAUGUUCAACUAAAUGUGAUACAGAACUUUGUUAGACUACAUGACGCUGGUGAAACCCUCAAACGUGUGUUUAUGGGUACCCAAUGGUACCGCCCUUAUCUCUAAUGGGACAAUACAUGGAGUGGUACGGAAACUGUACGGAGUAAAUGUGAAAUGGCUAUAGCUAGCCUACAUGUCGGUGAUGGGUUUAGUUGUCCAACCACAAGACAUUAGUUAAAUUGAAACCCAAAUGUAGUGUCUACUAGUCAGCUAUCUCGCUGUGUUACAUAGACCUUAUUCAGCAUCGCUCCAUUGUCCCCAUACACAAUGAUGUGCAUUUUAACUGCGCUCUGUUGAUUUAUCUAAGUGAUUUUGUGACAGCCCAUAAUAUAAGCUGACUAAUCGUUUGUUCAGCGUAGUAAUAAGGAACCAUAUUGUUAAAAUGGACAUUUAAAGUAAAAAAAAGAGAAAAAAAAGGAAGUUGUACAAUUUGAAACGUUAGAACUAAUAUAAUUUAAGACACAACCUAAAGCUUUACGUACACUAUAAUUAUUUACCGGUUGAUUUUGAAAGACUGCGGCAGGAACAUGGAUAUAUUUUUACUUCACAUUGUUACUUUGUGUAUGUAGGUCAUUGGUUGGCCUCAGCUGUAUAGACUUAUCCUGUAGAUUGAUUUAAUUGACUUUAUAUUAUGUCUUCCUAAUGUUAAAACAAAUUUGUUUUUAAAUGUAAUUAAAGCGUUACAACAGUGCUAUUUUCUAAUAAUGUUACAGAAGUUGGUACCGAAACAGGGUUCCCUUAUUUUACAGAUGUUUUUUUUUUUAUAAAGAGAUCUUUAAAAUGAUUUGCAAACCUACUGUAUAAAUGAAUGGUCAACUCUCACUCAAAUUAAAAUAAAUGGUUUAUCAUCCUAAA